CAUCGAUUACAACAUGCUGAGCAGCCAAAAUUUAUUAGAGAAUGUGAGUCAAAAUAAGGCAACGCUACCACAAACAUAAAUUCUCAACACUCAUUUACUUUCAAACUCUGAGAUCAGCCGAAUCAAUGGAAAAAAAUUUGAUUCAACCGGCAGUGGCUGCAAUUCUUUCAUCUGUAAUCGCAAUUAGAGCAUACAGACACAAGUCUCUCAACUUGUCUGGAGCCAUUUCUGGAUUCAUUGUCAUGUUUAUUCACCUUGCUGUUAAUUACAGGUUUGGAGCGAUGUUGCUGGUCUUCUUUUUUACUUGUUCAAAGUUUACCAAGUUUGGAGAAGAUAGAAAGAGGAAACUUGAUGCUGAUUUUAAAGAGGGUGGUCAACGCGAUUGGAUUCAAGUCCUCUUCAACAGUGGCAUCGCGACCCUUUUGGUCCUGACUGCAUGGAAGGUGAUUGGGUCACAGGACAAAUGUCUGGAUUCAAAAGAGUCACGCAUAAUAACAUCUUUAAUUGGUGGUAUCAUUGGUCAGUAUUGCUGCUGCAAUGGUGACACAUGGUCUUCAGAGCUUGGGAUACUUAGUAAUGAGGAGCCUCGACUAAUUACAACCUUCAAGACAGUUCGAAGGGGUACAAACGGUGGAGUGACAAAAGCAGGACUCUUGGCUGCAGCAGCAGCAGGCACUGUCAUUGGAUUCACAUUUGUAGUCCUGGGAUUUUUCACUACAAAGUGCACAUCUGAUGUGACUGUAAAGCAGCUUUUUGUUAUACCACUUUCUGCAUUGGCUGGAGUAUGUGGAAGUGUUAUUGAUUCUUUAUUGGGAGCAACACUACAAUUCAGUGGAUUCUGUACUGUUCGGAAGAAGGUGGUUGGGAAGCCAGGACCAACUGUGAAGAGAAUAUCUGGUCUUACUGUCCUUGAUAAUAAUACAGUGAACAUCGUAUCGAUAUUGCUUACAACGGCUAUAACCUCAAUUGCCUUCUUAUACAUUUUCUGAGUGUACCCACCCGGCUCAAUUUAAAUUCUGUAGAAUUUUGUAUCCAUCUUCCAACAAUAAUGAGGGUUUUGAUCAUGCAAUAGAUGCUGCUUAGUUUCAGAAUCCCUGUCGAGAUUAAGUGAGAAUGAAUGCUGUCAUUUUGAUCUCAAAAUAAUUAGUUGUUACUUCUUUCU